CUACAUAUCUCAACUAAACAAUACAACAACGCAAAAUGGCUAAGUUUCUCACCAUCCUGGGCGCCACUGGCAACCAAGGCGGCUCAAUCGCCAAGUACGUCGUCUCAGACCCAGUUCUGAGCAAGGAAUAUUCUGUUCGUGCAGUUACUCGGGACACCCAAAAGCCAGCAGCUCAAGCCCUUGCUGCUCUGGGCAUGGAAGUUGUCAAAGGCGACAUUGACGACAUCGACUCCAUCAAAGCAACCUUCAAGGGUGCCCAUACCGUAUUCGCAAUAACCACCACAGUGUAUGACGAGCAAUUGAAAGCACGUGAAGUUCGCCAGGGAAAGGCCUUGGCUGAUGCCGCUAUUGAAGCUGGAUAUAUUCGCAGUCUUCCCAUAAAGAGUUCCUUCUUUGCGCCGUCAUCUUUUAUGCAAAAUUAUGAUCGUAUGGUGCAACCUCAUCAUUCUGGCGAUGGCACCUUUGCGAUAACUAACGUGGUGCGUCCGGACACGAAGCUCCCACAUAUCGACAUUGAGGGCGACACAGGCAAAUUUGUGGGCGCAAUUCUCGCUGAGCCGGAUAAAUUCGAGGAUUUCUAUAGUUUCGAGGAUGUUGCCCAAAUGUUGACUCGUCUGACGGGGAAGACUGUCAAAUACUAUCAGGUCCCGGUUGAACUGUUUAAAGGAUUUCUGCCGCCUCAUGGAGCACAGUGUAUGGCCGAGAUGAUGUUGUAUAGUGAAGAUCCUGGGUAUUAUGGAAGUGAUUCGAAGGAAAAGGUGGACUGGACAGUCAGUGUCGCUCGUGGUAAACUUACCACAUUGGAAGAGUAUUUUGCUAAGCAUAUGCCACCUGCAUUGGAUUGA